AUGUCGGAACCGCCGCGCAAACGAGCCAAGUUGGCAUGUGUCACAUGCAAUGCGCGACGAGUCAAGUGCGAUGUCACUGAGCGACAGCCGUGCAGUAACUGUACUGCCGGCGAUGUGCAGUGCGAGACACGGGAAUCCAGGCGCGGCAAGCACAUCAGAAAGCCGCGAGGUGAGGCCGAAGUACGAAGCAGGACGUAUGUCGAGAUACCCAGGAGCAGUCCGCCCGAUAUAUCAGCUUUCAGCCCCCAGCGCCACGAAGAUGAGGUCGCGGCAUCACACGUGCUGGCGUCCUUAUCGUCCAACUUUACUAGCCCCGCCAACACCCACACGCCAUCCGCCAGCAGCCAUCAUCACUUCACCGCCCCGCCUGUCCCGCAAGAGCCACAGGAUGAUAUUACAAGAAAUGAAAGCCAGCAGGACGAUGCCGUGUUCCUCGGUGAGUCCAGCUCGUUGCGUUACGUGACAGAGGAGCCGACCGCUGCCGCCGCCGGCCGCCGGGAGUCUUGCUUUCGCCAUGCCGUGCCUACUGCUGGAAGAGCAGAUUCACAUGUGCCAGAGUGGGAGGCAGAAAGACGCAUCGCGAGGAAGAAGGCCUUACAAGCAGAAGGAGCAUUUUCAUUUCCCCCUGCCGCUGUCCGACAAGAGCUACUAGAGGCAUACUUCAAAUGGUUCCACCCGCAUUUCGCCAUCCUUGACGAAGAAGAUUUCUGGAACUCCUACCACCACUUCGAAUUUUCGGGCUUGCUCUUACAGGCUAUGAUGUUUAUUGGCGUGAUACACUGCAACGAGUCGACGCUUAAUAACCUCGGGUGGGGCAAUCGUCAUCGAGCAAAGUGGUUCUUUUACAUCCGGGCAAAAGACAUUUACGACGCGACUUUCGAGAGUAACAAGAUCAUAGUAAUCCAGGCUCUAUUUAUGAUGAGCUUCUGGAGAGCUGGCGCCCUCCUUGAAAAGGAUGCUCGGCAUUGGCUUGGAACGGCUAUCAGUCUAUCGGAAACUCGGGCGCUACAUCGCCGUGGGGGAAAUACAGAAGAAAAGCUGACGAGGGUCAAGAGGAGGCUCUGGUGGGCAAUCUACGUCCGCGAGAGACAAUGUGCAGCCGCGCUGGGCCUGCCGUGUCGAAUACGCGAUAAAGACUGCGAUAUUGAACCCUUGUCAUACGCCGACUUCACACAUGCCUUCCGGUCAUCAGUCCCAGUCGGGGAUCGCCGUCGCUCGACUGCCUACGCCAUAAGUAUGCUACAGCUAGCCGUAUUUCUUGGCCGUGUAGUCGAUGCUGGCUACUUGCCCGGGCGUACACUGAGACCCGAAGACGCGACCAAACUUCGCGAUGAGCUAUACAGUUGGAAGAACGACGUCCCCCCUGCAAUGCAAUUGAAUCCCGGUGCUGGCGAUAUACCGAAUCUCCAGGCUAGCAUGCUUCAUCUAGCCUACAACAACCUACUGAUACUUCUGCAUCGGACCAGUUUCAUCAUGGACGAGAACCGCGGCGCAGCAACAGAAAGUAAUGUCGCCCUUCAAGCUGCGGCACGCAAUUCGCGUAUAGUCGAAGACAUGCUUUCAGGUGGAAAUAUCGAGCACGCUCAGAUGCAUGUCAUUACAAACUUAUUCAACACGCUAUGCAUCCAUGUGGUAAACUUUCGGCGUUCAACUGGAGUCAACCGCACGCUGGCAGAACAUCGCGCAAAGCUCUGCCUGUUGGGUUUGAGAGAGCUUCAGAAGACGUGGGAAGUAACAAACUGGGUUGUGGAGUUGUUUUUUCACUACCUCGACCGCGACACAGCUUCCAGGUUGGCCAUGGAAGCAGAUGAAGGCGGAAAUGCCGGUAUCAACAGUCAAGUACCUAACGCGCCUGCGUCUUCCACUGCUUGGAUGCAACAGGCAGUGCAAAGUCAAGCCACCAAUGGAACUGUGGCUCGCAACAUGCAGCCAUCAGGCAUAGUCACACCCUCCAGUACUAGCCCAAAGCCCUUGUGGACUUUGGAUGAGGCAGAUCAGUAUCUUUUUAUGCAGAUUGAAAAUGACUUUGCGUUUGGUGAGGGUGGACUACAGCAGCUAUGCUGGGAGGAUUAG